GAGGAGUUUUUGGGCAGGAGGUAGCUAGCUGUUAACUAAAGUUCAGAAGGAGUUGAUGGUUCAGGGUGAGGUGACAAUUCUCAAACAGCACCGACAGACAUGAGCACCAAAAAAGAAGUCAGUUUUGAUCCAAAAGAGCACCAGCAUCUGCGUUAUAACCCUCUGCGGGACACAUGGGUCCUGGUGUCCGCUCACCGCAUGAAGAGACCCUGGGCAGGUCAGGUAGAAAAACCUCCUGAGGAACACAUACCCAGACAUGACUCCCGCAACCCACUCUGUCCCGGGAACACACGUGCAAAUGGAGAGGUAAAUCCAGACUAUGAAAGCACUUUUCUUUUUGAAAAUGACUUCCCUGCUCUUCAACCAGAUGCUCCAGAUCCUGGUUCAGAUCAACAUCCACUGUUCCAGUCUAAAGCUGCCAGGGGCGUCUGUAAGGUCAUGUGUUUCCAUCCCUGGUCUGACGUCACUCUCCCUCUCAUGAACAAGCAAGAGGUUGUCAAGGUGAUUAACAAGUGGGCGGAGCUCGUUGAGGAACUAGGCAUCACAUACCCCUGGGUUCAGAUCUUUGAGAAUAAAGGAGCUAUGAUGGGCUGUUCAAAUCCUCACCCUCACUGUCAGGUGUGGGCCAGCAACUUCCUGCCUAAUGAGCCGGCUCUGUCGGACCGCUGUCAGAGAGCCUACUAUCAGAAACAUGGAGAACCGCUGCUGCUGCAAUACGCCAAACAGGAGGCUGAGAAAAAGGAGCGUGUGGUGGUGGAGAGUUCUGAUUGGCUGGUGGUGGUUCCAUAUUGGGCAACGUGGCCCUACCAGACGCUGUUGUUACCACGGCAACAUGUCCUCAGGAUCAAUGACCUGACAACAGAGGAGAGGGAGGGUCUCGCUGACAUUAUGAAGCGACUGCUGACCAAGUAUGACAAUCUGUUUGACAUCUCUUUCCCCUACUCCAUGGGCUGGCACGGAGCCCCGACUGGCCCCAAUUUAAAGGAAGACAACUCUCAUUGGCAGCUGCAUGCUCACUACUACCCUCCUCUGCUGCGUUCAGCUACAGUCAAGAAGUUUAUGGUGGGGUAUGAGAUGCUUGCCCAGGAGCAAAGGGACCUCACCCCUGAACAGGCUGCUGAGAAGCUAAGGAAUUUACCAGAAGAGCACUAUAAAACCAGAGAGAAUCUGGAAAAAGGAGGAGGAAAAGAGAAAGAAGAUGGAGGAAAGUAAAAUCCAUGAUUGUUAGGAGGGGGAAAAACACCUUUAUUUCAACCACAGUAUACUUUUUGGAAAUAUACGCUUGAUUUAUUGGAUGUACUGUAAAAAAUAUAAUUACUUCUCUGAAGUGGUGCAACAUGUUAAAGUGCCUUUGUAAACCCCAGGUUUUAAGAUAUUCUUACUUGCACAAUAGAGAGUAUAUAUUUUCAAUACAUUGCUGUGUACACAAAGCUGGUGCUGUCCUAACUAUAAUUAUAAGAAAUAGACUUCAAACAACAUGUGCUUUGGAACUCCUCGUCCAUGUUUUCGGAAGAUAAUGAGAGAACAAUAUUCUUUUUCUCCCUGCUGUCUCUUCUGUUGAAAUUAAACAAACUUUGUUUGUUGUUUUAUGUUUUAACCCUUUCAAAAACAAAGCUUGUUUCUUCCAACAACACAAUGAGUUUUUUGUAAAUCAAAUGAAUGCCUUUGUUUGUUCUGAAUGUUUUGACAUUCAUGAAGUAGUUAUAAAAGUGUAAUGCUUAAUUUCAUAUAGAAACUAAUUAUUUAACAGAUGUCUUAAUUACACUUCUUACACGGCUUUGUUGAAUUCUCGAUUCUGAUUCGAUUACGUCAUUCAACAGUCUGUUACUUCCUUAUAUCAGACCGCUCCUAUAAAUAAUGGACCGUUGUUGUGGACGCUGUUCUGAUCUCAGAGAUUUUAAACGAAAUCAAUACAAUCAUUUUUAAAUCAAUAAAAUAAUUUAAAUCAA